UCCGGAAGAGCCAAGCGGAGAUGGUCUGUCUGGACCUGGGAAGUUUGCCCUUGUGCUGUUCCAGCGUGGGAGCUCCGAAACUCUAGAGCUUUCUUCCCGUCUCUCUCACACGAGGGCAUCAUUUGAGAGACCAGGGCACAAGUGCAACAUCACUCAUCCACAAACAGAGUUACAAACAGAUUUCGCGAGAGAGAAAGUGGGAGGAGAGGGAGAGAGCGGUGUGCGAUCUAUUUUUCUUCUUUCAAUUUUACGUUUCUUUAUCGGGUUUAUUUGGAUUGUUUGUUUUGUGUGUGGAGAUUGUGCGUUAGUUGGGCUGGGUUUGUUUGCACCUUCCAAGAUGGCCACCAAGUGGCACAUCUCCUCGCAGCUAUGGACCUCCUGGCCUGCCUCAUCUGCAUCCUCUAAGCGCCUCAAGCAGCGCUGAUCAAGUCAACAUUUCUGUUAUCUUUUUGUUUUGUCUUAUUUUGUUUUGUUUUGUUUUUUGAAUUUUGCCUUCUCUCUCUCCUCCUCCUGUGAACCAGUUGUAGUUUGUGCGGUAGCUUGUAGUUUUCCUAGGGUUGGCAAGGUUGACUUUGCACCCGCGCGUAUGUGAAGGAUUGGAGUGGAACCUGUGUAGUGCUUUGAGCGGGGGCUAUCGUUUCAGGGAGCGCUGCGCCGAAAUGCCAAAGUGAUGUUUCUUGACGGCGAAGUAAGUAGAUCGAUGAUGGAAUUGUUGAAGACAGGUAGGUAGUGAGGUGGAGGGAAAGCGUUUCAAGAGCUGUAUUCUGGCCGUUUUGUGGCUCUUUUGCGAAUGCAGUGCCUGCUACCAAGGGUGCAGCAUCCCAAGUAUCCACUGGUGAUCCGUGGCGGUGGCGGCAUAGGAGACGUAGCACGAGGAAGUGGUGGUGAUGGUGGACUGCACAAAGAGAAGCCCUUCUGGAGUGGUGCGGUAACCCUUAGAGCAGCCGAGGAUAGUGGUUCGAGGAUUUUUAUUUAUUUAUUUGUUAUUUUUUUUAAUGUGUGUAGGCGGUGGUUUGUCUCUGGCAAUCCUGAAGCUUGAGGAAGCCAACGCUGUUUAGUUGCUUGGGUCCCCGCUCCCCUCCCUUUUUUGAUUUUAUCAGAGGAACUUGCACUCUGUAUUCUCCCCAUCUUUCCCUUGGGGAUCUCUGUAAGCUCUCAUUUUGCACACGUACGAGUUGUUCUUUGGCCCCUCUGUACUUUUCAGUCGAGAUUACAGGUAGAGUUUAUGUCCCAGGAGCAUUGGAGACAAUGAGAAGAAUGCGAUUUCUCUGACAUCUUGAAAUCUUGAAGAGCCAAGGAGAAUCGCUCUAUUCAACAGUUUUUCAGAAAGGACAAGUAAUCUCGGGAUCGUCUUUCAAGAGGUUUCAGUUUCUUCCUAUGGGUGCCCAAGGUGAAGUCAAGUAUUCGAAUGACUGAUCAGGUCCUCAGUAUUUUGAAGGCACAAGCAGAUGUGCGAAGAGAUUUGCCUUCUUAGAGAAUUGACGCUGGACCACUUUUGUUGGUAACGUUGUUUUCAAUAUAGUUGUGUCGCCAGCUACCAUUAUCACUCAGAAGGAAGUUCCCCAGGAUCUUAUUGGCUGAGUACAUCACCUUGGUUCGUGUUUCUUGAUCUCCGCUGAUAGAAGCCCUUCACUAGGACGGUGAGUUUGGAGAAUAAAAACGACGACGACGACUAAUAAUCGAAGCAUAUAUGUCUUCCGACAAUCUUAGUGAAAGACGCGAAGGUUUGCUACUUCCUUCAGCGAAUCCAAAGUUUUGUCAGGGAGUGGGUAGGUGGAUUUUGCAGGAUCAAGCAGUGUCUGACUUUGUUUACCAGAGGCUGCCUUUAGGAGGUGAGGGUGUUGCUCUGGAUGUGGUGGAGCAGGCAAGUAUGCCACACCCUUGUGAUUGGACACUGGGUGUACAACCAGGCUGCCCGAAGGCAUCCGUGGAUCCCCAGAUCAAACUUUUUGGACAGACCAUAGGCGUGGUUUCAAGCCGCGCUGAUGCAGGUGCCGAUGCAGGAGUUCUCAAACCAACGAGUGCUAGUCCGCCGCGAGGCACAGCGCCGUUAUCCAAGCAGGAUGGAGGGGACAGUGUGAUCCUCAGGGAUGAGAACGAAGGUGGAGUUGUCGAGAAUCUCAGAACUGCCAGAAGUAGCAGCAGAGACGAGUUCUUGCAGCCUCUAAAGUCUUCUGAACUAGUUUCAGGGAGUAGAUCUCUUAAUACGGGAGUCUCUCUCGGUCCUAGUGAUAGUGAAGGGGCUCAUUCAGAUGAGCUCAAGGACCAGGGUGAAGUGGAUCACAGUCAAUCUGUGGGUGAUGACAAGCACCUUCAGAAACCUGACAAAGUGGUGUCUUGCCCGCGAUGUGAUAGUCUGGACACGAAAUUCUGUUACUAUAACAAUUACAACAUCAACCAGCCGCGUCAUUUCUGUAAAAACUGCCAACGGUACUGGACUGCUGGAGGCACUUUGCGGAACGUACCGGUGGGAGCCGGGAGGAGGAAGAAUAAACAUGGUGGAAUGCAGCGGGAUUGUCCUGAAGCUUCUGUUAACUGCUCAAUCCAAAGUGACUCCGGCGAUUCUGCCUCCCAGUUGCUGUCCUGCGCUCUUGGAUCACCAACGAGUCAGAAAGCAGGUUCAUCCCUAAAGCAUGCACAGCCCAAAAGACUGGCUGGACAGGGCUCUCCUAUGCGGAGCUCUGGGUUCGGCCAAGACAAUGGGAUAAGCAUUUCACCCCCAUAUUCGCUACAUCAAAAUUCACGCCUUCCUUUCCAGUCGUUCUCGCUCAGCCAAGGAUUUAUGCCUUCAGCUGUAGAAGCGAGUACAGUGGGAAGUUCUGAUUCAGCAUCCAUCAGUUUGGGGCAGAGGCUUGCACGGUGCCCUUCAGGAAAUGGAUUUGACAAAGAUUGCAGUAGAUCCUCACUGAACGGGCAAACGCAGGACACUCAUAGCCUGUUAUCAAAACAAUCUGCUUACAAUUCAUCAGCGUUACAGCUCGAGGCGACUUCUGGUAUGUACAGAUUCGUCCUCCCAUCCAGCAGCAGCGGUUGGGCUGGAAAUGGUGCAUCUGUAGGGUUCCACAGUGGUGAGUGGCCUCAUGGUUAUCAUCUUGAAUUGGGCGGCAAACACCCUAUUUCUCAUUCGUCGCAAGGUGUCUCAUAUUCUACUCCAGAUGUCAGGGCUAGUUUGAAUGCUAUUCAGACGUUGCCCCCAACGUCGUCUUGGAGUCCCACUCUUGUGCAGUCGGGAGCAACACAAUGGGGUGCUGAUGUGGGUCAUGUGCAUAACCCUCCUCAAAUGGCUGCUUCAGUGUGGCCUCGUAGUCAAUCCAUGGUGCCUAGUGCUGCCUCGGUUGGGCAGGCUCCUGUUGCUGCUCCAACAACUCUCGGCAAGCGUGGUUUGCUUGAGGAAGGCAGUUGCGAGUGGCCUUCAAAAUGUCUACGGACAGAUGACUCCAAGAACUUGAAUACGUGGGCAAUGCCUGGGAAGAAUUCAACUGAGGUUAUGAACGGUGGGAACGCCUUGAGUCUUUUUCGCCCAAAGCUAGAGCUUGCCGUAGCUUGUGAAACGAAAGACAGUUUCAUGACUAGGCACCUCACCACUGUGGCCGCAGCAAGGUCAGGACCCUUUCAAGUGACGAUCUGAGUGAACCUUCAGAUGCGCACUGGUGGUUAAUAUCCUGGUGCAUGAUCUUGCUGAUGCCCUUCCAAUUUCUUCUUUGGUUGUUCUUAAAAUGUGGUGUAGUUGACUUCGGACGCUCCUUUGUACGAAGGAGGCUUUCGCUUGUCUUGAUUUCAGCGUAUUUUUUUGAGUGGUAUCUAUGUCGGCAUACCAGGUCACUUCCAGUUUUGACUGUCAUAGUUUUGUUACAAGAUUCCCAUGUUGCCGUUCCCACACAUAGUGCAGUGACUGGAGUAAUGUCGUAGUUAACAUCUCUAUUUGUUUAAAUGAGGCGGCAGCUGUUCACUCAUAUAAUCUGAAGAGAGCGGAUGUUCAGAGCUGUAUGAUCUGCUGACCUUGGAUAUCAGUUUCUUUACGUAUGUUCGGCUUGGUAAUUUGUAAUUUUGUGCCUCCUGAAGGAGGAGCUGAUGCGCAGUCGGGAUACAGGUGGUUUUUGGACCCUUGCGAACUGCAGUAGGAAAGGCAGUUUUAGUCAGUUCCUACGCAAUCACUGUAGAGGCUUCUCGAGGAGACACUGAACAUUGGCAAUACCUUUAUGCAACCUAAAUAUAUACAUAUCUUUAUGGCUA